AUGAUUACGGACUUGACACUACCUCGAGUCGACCUAGCCUUUGGGCGAAAUGAGCCGGUUCAAUGGUCGGAGAAUCUUCAGUUGGCAUUGAACCUGUACAGCGAGCUUCUUAUUGUUGAGCCGAGGUUCCCUUCAUACCAUCACGCCAUCACCAAAACCAGGAACCAGACCACUUUAAACGCCAAAGAGAUAUUCAGGAUUGGCUUGGGCCUCCACACCGAGAGUAUCAGCAAGUUGCCCCUCGGCAAGUUUGUCAAUGUCGUAUUUAAGGAUGGCGACGAGUUUUACAGUGGUCUUGUUAACGAUCCAGCGGUGGUGUUGCAUCAAUGGACUUUGAAUUUCAAAAGUACACGAGAUUGCUGGCUAGGGGUGCUUUUCAACACUUCGGAGCUCUUGGUGUUGGGACGAGAAAACUACAAGAAGCUGUACAAUUAUAGAGUCAAGAUCAAUGUUUUUGAGACUUUGGUGCAGUUGUACGAUAUCCCUUACUACGAUGGCAAGUGGUGGGUCAGUGCUGAGGAGUGCCGGCACUUGCGAGUCAAGUUUUUCACGUUCAACACCAUAAACGACGUGUUGUAUUUGGCGUUGGUGGACCUUGCCAACCGUGUUUCCAUUUUCAAGUGGGAGACGAACAAGUUGCACUUGGUGAGCAGCCACGAUUUUGCAAAGAGUAUACUUCGAGUCUACUGGAAGGAGAAUAUUUUUUUGGUGGUGGGGCUUGACAACUCUGUCACUGUGCUCAGCAAUGAGUUGGACCACCUGAGCCAAGUGUCGCCGCUGCAAAGUGCUCAGAACCAGAAAAAUGAAAUUGUUCUUCAUCAGGGGAAACACUAUAUUGUAUGCGUGUUUACGUCGAAAGUAGUCAUCUUUGACGAAGAUGAGAGUUUUGAAUUUGACACCCACUCGUGGUGUGCGUGCUCAUCCUUGAAUGUCGGUGUAUUGGAAAAUAAAUUGAACUUGUUAUUGUCUUUUGAGGAUGGGAAAUUCUUGAGAUUGGACUUUGAUUUAGAAACAAAGUGCUUUCAAACUAGGGACAACGGCCAAUCAUUGGAUCUUUUUGUCGCAAGGGCCUUGUACAAUUUCGAAGUCAAUACCAAUGGGGAAGAGAAUGAAGUUGGCGAAGGGAGCUUGAUCAUUCAAGGGGCCACGAGCAUAAGUGAUAACAUCUUGGCCGUUGUACUGAAGGUUAUCCCAAAGCGUGGGUUGCACCUCCGAAUACCGUCGGAGAACUCGGUCCAGCUUCUGUUUGUGCGACUAGAAAAGCCGGUAAAGCGAUUCAACGAUGAAAUAUCAAACACAACGUCGCUUGCCAAAUUGGCCAAGCUCUAUUUGGAGAGUUAUAUGGAGUUUCCCGCGAUUGUCGAUGCGAUAGCAACUACCCAUUACGACAAGGUGAAUGCUUUCUACACCGAGAUUGGUUUGUUCACCGACAAGAUGCUUGCUAGUGACGAGAAGAAGUUGACCUACAGCGGUGGUAGUAAUGGUGGUGGUGGUCUUGCUCAAGUAUUGAAGAGCCAUUUUUUGGAAAAUGCCAAGGUUAAAGACUUGCAGUUCAAGCACACGCUAGCUCGGCUACUUCUGAAUGCGAUAGAGACACACAUCACCAGCAACAACAAGGCUGCCAAGAUGUUGUUGGAGAGUGUUUCCGUGACGCGAGACUUGAUCGAGAGCAAAAUCAAGCAUUAUUUAACCAGCCUUGUUCUCGACGCGUGUGCUAGUCAGCUGGGUGAAUUUGAUGCCUACGACACAUUUGUGUUGCUCUCGAUGCAAAAGUUGCAUCUGUGGGACAAGAACAGCUCGGACACAACGCUUCCCGAUAAAGUUUCGAUUACCGUAAAGGGAGGCAGGACCAUUACCGAAACUUUUGAAAUUGCGUCUCGGUCGUCAUCGUCACCUCAGUUUCAACCUCAACCCCAAGCUGAGUCUAGCAAGAGAAUGGUUUUUUCAGUUUCAAAACAUGGAUGGGCGACUUGUGACUUGACCAACUUGCCGAUACUUACGAUGCAUAACCAAGUGGAUGAAUUGAACCAGUUUAGAUACUUCAGCGUGUCGGAAGUUGACAGCAAGAUAGUAAAGACAUUAUUGAAUACCUUGGGGUAUUGUUAUAUAAGCGGCAAUCGGAGGUACGAUAUACGAUAA